CGUGGAGUGCCGACGUCACCGAGUGUGGAAGCUCCUACAUGGCAGAGCGCAAGACGGAGCCGGAGCUAACCGCCCGUUAACCCCCCUCCCCUCCCGAUUUACCAACAAAUCCCUUUAAAAAACACGAUGUCAGUCUACAGCGCGUCUUCGCAUGGAUUUAUCUGUCACGACAAAUAGGCUAAACUGAGGAGGCAUUCUCGGGGCGAUGCCUGCUCCUGAGCAAGGGCCUGCAGCAGAGGAGGAGGAGGUGCUAAGCUGCAAGGAAGGAUCCAGUGCCAGCAAGAUGGAGACAGAAACAACCACCACUAACAUACUGGCAUCUGUCAAGGAGCAGGAACUCCAGUUUGAGCGACUGACCAGAGAGCUUGAGGCAGAACGACAGAUUGUGGCCAAUCAGCUGGAACGAUGCAGGUUGGGGGCGGAGUCUCCAGGUGUUGCCAGCGACAGCUCCUCUGAGAAGUCUUUGCUGUGGAGAUCAGCAGACUCGGCAGGAGGUCUGUCCAAACCCCAUGCAUCAGAGGAGUGCCCUUCACCCACGUUUGGGGUCAGAGUUCAAGGCUCACCGUACUCACCUGAACUGGAACAAAUCUCCCUACAUGAAAGGUCAGCAGUUAACUCGCGCAGCUCAACACAGAUGAAUUCAUAUUCUGACAGUGGUUACCAGGAAGUGAGUGGCUACUACAGCAACAUGGUGACCCCUAGGAGGUCAGAGGGGAGAUCGCAGUCGACCAGCUCUGCCCCUAGUGGAAGUCCAAGUCUGGCCAUGGGUUGUAGGGCUGAGGGACAAGCAUCAGCGCAGGUGGUAGGUGGGCGUGUAAUGAGGCGUGUCAGUUCAGUGCCCUCCCGUGCCUCCUCCCCCCUCUUCGCCCCUUCUCCACCCGCUUCUCGUCCUCCACUGGGCUCCUCCCUCGGAAGCCCUUACGGAUCACCCAUCGUAUCUGAGCCCCGCCCCCUGCCCAGCGUCUUUCCUGGCACAAGCCUCCCACCUACCUCCAGCCACGCCCCAGACCCACUGCACUCCUCCUUCCCUGGCCGACACGGCGAUGGGAUGGAGUCCCCGACUUUGCUGCGUUCUGGGAUGACUGCUCAGCCCCAGCAUUAUGGAACACUGGGAAAGCAUGACACGCACACUUAUGACAACACACACUCCUCGUUCGGGGCGCGGGCCUAUGACAUGUUCGAGAGGAUAGUACUUUCUAGACCAGACAGUCUUACAGGUCUGCAGAGUUCUUAUAGUCAGCACAGCCAGCUAGCCCAAGAAACCCGCUCUCCGGACCACCACGUAACCCCUGUGUAUGAGGACAGAACCUUUCAGAACCCACUCUACCAGAGCCCUACCCAUGGCUCCCAGAGUGCUCUCUCCAGGAACACAGGGUUAGGAACUUUGCCAAGAACCACCAGUCAGUGUAGUACCCUGCGCUACCAGCGGGGGGCAUAUUCAGUGCCCUCACACAGUGACACGUAUCGCUCCACACUUUACCGCCAGGCAGAGUCCAACUAUGGCAGACAUGCGGUUGCCCUUGACAAUAACAUCGGUGCCACACGAUCACCAUCCAUAGACAGCAUCCACAAAGAUCCUCGGGAGUUUGCCUGGAGAGAUCCUGAACUGCCAGAGGUGAUACGCAUGCUGCAGCAUCACUUCCCCUCAGUGCAGGCCAACGCUGCAGCAUAUGUUCAGCACCUCUGUUACAGAGACAACCGCAUCAAGUCUGAGGUGUGCAGGCUCGGAGGGAUCCAGCACUUGGUAGAUCUUUUGGAUCACAAAACUCUGGAAGUGCAGCGCAGUGCGUGCGGAGCUCUCAGGAACCUGGUGUUUGGCAAAGCCACUGACGACAAUAAGGUGUGUGUGAGGAACGCCGGCGGAAUCCCAGCUCUGCUUCGCCUGCUGAGGAAGACGUCAGAAACUGAAGUGCGGGAGCUCGUCACUGGUGUGUUAUGGAACUUGUCGUCAUGUGACUCCGUGAAGAUGACGAUUGUGCGGGAUGCACUUGGUCCUCUCACGAACACAGUGAUUAUCCCUCAUUCAGGGUGGGGUGCAGCCCCCCAAAGAGAGGACCACAAGCUCAAACUGCAUUCCUCGCUAGUGCUGAGGAACACAACGGGAUGCCUCAGAAACCUUAGUUCAGCUGGUGAAGAAGCUCGUAGGCAGAUGCGCUGCUGUGAGGGACUGAUUGAUUCUCUGCUUUACAUCAUUAAAACGUGUAUCAACACCUCUGACUUUGACAGCAAGAUUGUGGAAAAUUGUGUGUGCACUUUGAGGAACCUGUCAUAUCGUCUCGAGCUGGAGAUGCCCCCCUCUCGGCUGAUGGGCACCCAGGACUUGGACACACUCCUGGGCAAUGACCCUUCUAACAAACAGGUGGACUACAGCUGCUGGGGCUUGAGGAAGAAGAAGAAGAAAAGAUCCUGGCAGGACCAGCAGUGGGAUGGAGUUGGACCUAUCCCUGGUUUUUCUGGCAGUCCGAAGGGGGCGGAGAUGCUGUGGCACCCAUCAGUGGUUAAGCCUUACCUCACCCUGCUGGCGGAAAGCUCCAACCCGGCCACACUAGAGGGAGCAGCUGGGUCACUGCAGAACCUCUCGGCUGGGAGCUGGAGGUUUGCGGCCUAUAUCCGAGCGGCAGUGCGUAAGGAGAAGGGUUUGCCCAUACUGGUGGAGUUGCUGAGGAUGGAUAAUGACAGGGUGGUGUGCUCUGUGGCAACCGCACUGCGCAACAUGGCUCUGGACGCCAGGAAUAAGGAGCUGAUUGGAAAGUAUGCCAUGCCAGAUCUGGUGACACGCCUUCCGGGUCACGGACCCUCGCUACUGUCUGAUGAGACUGUGGCAGCUGUGUGCUGUGCACUGCAUGAAGUCACCAGUAGGAAUAUGGAAAACGCCCGUGCACUUGCUCAAGCAGGUGGGGUUGACAAGCUGGUUGCCAUCAGCCGAGGCCGGGGGGAGAGGUACUCUAUGAAAGUGGUCAAGGCUGCAGCACAGGUACUGAAUACUCUGUGGCAGUACAGAGAUCUGCGUAACAUCUAUAAAAAGGAUGGGUGGAAUCAGAACCAUUUUGUCACACCAGUGUCAACGCUAGAGCGAGACCGGUACCGGUCCCAGCCCACACUGCCAACAAGCAACUUACAGAUGUCACCAGUCAUUCAGUCAGGUGGUAGUGCCACUUCUUCUCCUGCUAUGUUGGGAAUAAGGGAACAUCGGCUGAGUAAGAGGAGAGCUCAGUCUUCUAUGCAACUUUAUAACUAUUAUGGCGACGCGAACAGAAACAAAAAUCUGUACACAGGGUCAGGAAAGAAUUCUGCAUAUUUCAUAAGCUCAUUCCCCUCCCCUUCAUUUGAGGAACCUCAAAGGCCACAGCAGAGCCAACUGUACUACUCAGAUGAGCCGAAUCAAAGGGCCUAUGACACUUACGGAAUGUACCUGGCGUCGCCGAUGGGCUAUGAUGACCCUUACCUGGACGAGCCACUCAACUACCCGGUGGUGAGCGAGAGACAGGGGCUCAAGCGCAACACUAACUAUGUGGACUUCUACUCUACCACACGCAGGCCUUCCUACCGAGCUCAGGCCUACCCUGCUUCUCCAGACUCAUGGGUGUAGGCACCAUUAUGUGUGUGUGUGUGUAUUUGUGGGUUGGUGUGCAGCUGUGUCUGAAUGUGUAUUUAAGGCCUCGUUCACAUGUGCACAGAUCUUAUUGAAAGUUCAUUUUUUUACUGCAUUUUGUUUUCCACACCCCUGACAAAAGAGUUUGGAAAACGAUGAAGAACCAGUUUUUAUGUGGAUGAAUAAACCAUAUCAUGUAAAAAAUGUUAGGAUCACAACAUCAACUUGCACACAGACGUUGUUGUUUUAUGAAUACACUGUUAGUUAACACAUAAUGGAUAUUAACAGCCAAUAAUGGUGUGAUAACACAUUUGCUUAUUCAUAAACAAUGAUUAUUGGGUUGUUUUACCAUUUUUAAAUGUUGUACUAUUGUGUUAAUGAAUCAUUUUUCCUGCUUCAGCACAUUAACUUUAAGGACUGACUGUUCACUCUCUGCCUAAUCUAUCCACUCUUUGACCCAAGGAGCCACUGGAACCAGAUAAUCAGUGGGAUUCAUUUCACCUGACAGUGGUUUUAAUGUUAUGGCUGAUCUGUGUAUUUGGCAGUGGAGAGAGAAAAAAGUCAUUUUCAGAAAGAUCUUCUGCAUGUGGACGAGGCACCAGUGUGAAAGUAUUGGUGCAGAGUGACGGACAACCACAGGGUGAAGACCUGUCUGAGAAACCAUUGGAUUUAAUGUAUCUACCUAUCAGUAUGCUCUUGUGAGAAGUUGACAGAGAAAUUGUCCCUAUAAAUUUGUGUUGCUGUUACAGAGUGACAAAGUUAAUAUUCAGACGGACUGUGCCUGUGCCAUCUGCAGUGUGUGUGUGUGUGUGUGCGCGAGUUUGUUUCAAAAUGAACUGAACUACCACAGUAUAGUGUGUGGUGAUCUGCCUAGAGUGUGAGUGCACAAAGUAUCAUGAGCAUGUGUGUGUAAGAGUCGAGCGCACAGCUGGGCAAUAUGGUAAAAAAUAUAGAAUUAGGAUAUUUAAAGAAAUUUUCACGCACAGACAAAAUGCAGUAGUAGCGCAGGUUCUUAAAAACGCUAUUUAAAUACACUGAUCAAGCAUAACAUUAUGAUCAUCUCUUUAAUUCUAUACCCACUAUUCUUUUUUUAGCUCCACUCAUCAUAUCAGACACUUUGUAGUUCUAUAAUUACAGAGUGUGUUCGUUCAGUUUUCUCUUCAUGCUUUAUUAUUCUCCUUGUCAGGAUCACACAGGACCACCACCCCAUUUUCAGCACCACUAGGAAUAGUCCACAGUCUUGACUUUAUAUUUGAACAUAUUGUUUAAAAACUCCAGCAGCACUGCUGUGUCUGAGCCACUCAUACCAGCACAACACACACUACUAACACACUUUCACCAUGCCAGUGUCAUUGCUGAAAAUGACCCACUACCCAAACAGUAGCUGUUCUGUGGUGGUCCUGUAGGGUCCUGACCAUUAAAAUCAAAAGAAAGGGAGAAAGGAGGAUAAUAAAUUAUGCAGAGAAACAGAACUACAAAUGUCCUAUAUGAUCAGUGAAGCUAACAGAAACAAAGAGGUGGUCUUAUUGUAAUCAAAUGUGCAGUUAGAAAUUGUGUUUUAAGCACAAAUGAAAUCCACAAUAUGUUUAAGGAUGCGCUUUAUAUAUCACAAUUUAAAAGUUUUAUAACAAUACAAUAAAAUAUUAUCAUAUUGCCCAGCUCUAGUUGUGUGUUUGUAAAUGCCUGGAUGUGUGUGCCAUUAAAUUAACUUGAAUCAAAGUCUUACUUUCAUCUGAGAGAAAAAGCAUAUGAAAUUGUUAAUAUUUAUGUGAGCCAAAGAAGGAUAUAUAUAAUAGUCAUAUUUUGUUUUGUUUGACAUUCUCUGCGACACCUUUAAAAGAUCAGACCACGUUCUGUUGUACAUUAUUUUUCAUAAGUUUUUUUUUUAAUGGCAUGUUGAAAGAAAGACCCCAGUAAUUUUAACAGUUUUAAUGGUAUAGCUAAACUGUAUGUUGGGGCGAAAAAUGUUGAUGAUCACACCUGUGGAUGACACAAGCUCUAAUAAUGUACUGUGCAAUGGUAACAAAAUGUCCCUAUGUCCAGUCUCAUUGAUGUACUUACUGUUAAGAUUAGUGUGUGCCACGGAGUCGUGUACAAAUCUGUCAGUUUUAUUGUAAAAAAAACAAAACAAUGUGUGGUGUGUGCAGCUCAGCACAGGACCUGUGCCAUGUUACAUAGCUAUGUAGAGCAGUAUGAAUAUAUUAGAGACUUUAUGGAGCCAUCAGGUAUUAUAACACUGUUAGAAAUAAAGAUGAACAUUUGUUUUUGUA